ACAGUAUUUUCAGAACAAACAGUGACAGACCAACCGAGCAAAGCACCGAAGUGAUAAACUGUGCUGAGAAGACUUUACAGAAUCUUUUAAAAAGCAUUUUGGGAGCAUCUGCAUACAUCUUUCGGAGAAAUAACAGACAAUAAUGAUGGAGCAUGACAGUGAAGUAUUGUUGGGUCUUGAAGAAGGGACGCUGCCUCUACCAAGGGUGAUGGUGUCGAGGAGGAAGGCCGACUCUUCAAAGUCAAGCAAUUGGCGAGUGUGUGGUGUUUUUCUGGCUGUGACCCUGUGUGCUGCUGCUGCUGUUUGCUUCACGCUCAACAAGUCUCAGAGUAAUCAGGAAAGUGGAACUGGGCUCAGGCUUACGAGAGAUCAUUUUUCAAAAGCGAAUUUCACUUCCAAGGCUGCCAUCCAUUUAACAGGUGCAUAUAAGCCUAAAGACACAAACCUUGAUUGGAAAGUGAACCAGGACCAAGCUUUCUCUUCAGGCGGCUUGAAAUUAGUAAAUAGGGAGAUCAUCAUUCCUGAUGACGGCAUUUACUUCGUCUACACCCAGGUCUCUUUCCACAUCAGUUGCUCGACUGACAAGACGCAGGGCGACGACGCUGUGUAUAUAAGCCACGUGGUGAAUCGCUUUUCCGAUUCCUAUGGAAGCAGUAAGUCGCUUUUCAGCGCUAUCCGCUCCGUGUGCGAACACACGCCUGACACUCAAGACCUGACGUACAACACAAUUUACCUCGGCGCCGCCUUCCAGUUACGAGCCCGAGACAGACUGAGCACCGAAACCACUCCAAAUCUCCUGCACCGCGUCGACAAUGACAAUGGAAAGACCUUCUUUGGGGUGUUUGCUCUAUGAACAUCGACGUCAAGCAAAACUUGAAAAAUAAGAAAAGAGUGGAAACCUGUUAAGAGGCAAUUAAUAUGAAGAGCCUCGACUGGAACGCCACCAUUGCUCAGACUGAACUGUUUUAUAUUAAAACAGGACAAAACUAUUUAACUGAAACAUAUGGAUUUUAAGGCGGGGAAAUCAUGAGCAUUUCAUGUCCAUGAAAGCUGUCCAAGUCAUUUCUAUUGUUUUGGUAAUGUUAAAUUAUUGUGUAGCCUAUUUAUUUAUUUAACUAUUUAUUUAACUAUUUAUUGAAAUAAUGAAGAACUACUGUAAUGAAAUUCGAACUGCUGUAAUGAAAUGUAAUAAAUCUUAAACCAAAUGAACACUCAAUCCAGUUAAUCCUAUUAUUAAAUCAAUUCUAAUGAAAUUCCGAUGUGUAAUUUGCAGUUAUGAUGUCAAGCUGUCUUUGGCUCUACUGAGAGCAAAAGGAUGAAA